AGAUUCUACUUCUACGGAGUACAUAUGUUGAUGAUUAUUGUCACAUGACUAAGCAUAGGUACCGCGUUGUAAAGCAGCCAAGCGACUUGUCACGCGCCUUGUGUACGCAGCGCACUCAUUUGUAGAGCUUCUCCUCAGCAGCCACCAGUCGUUCUGCUAGCUUGGGAUGAACUGGAAUGCGCCGUCAUCCCGACCCUCGAACCGAACCUCUUUUUGAUACAUUGGUACUUUCGAGAUAACCCCUCCCCAUCAUUACCGCCGCGAUGCCCAGCCCUAGUCACCCACGAGCGGCUUUCGAGCCCAUAUCCCCAGACCUCGACCUUGUUGCGCUCGUUGAAUCAACCCCCAAUUUCGACUAUGUUGUUAGAAUCCAUUGCGAUGCGAUUAUUGAACAGGGGAUUGAGAACUUCGAAAAGCUGGUCCUCCUACAUGUCAUCAUAGGCGGGAGGCCAUUGGUCAUUGAAGGGUAUCAGGAUCGACUAGAGAAAUGGAUAUUUGGGCUUCAGUGGUUGAAAGAUAACCACGGCUCCAAGAUCGAGAACGCGAGGAACUUAACCACUAAAUCGAACUUACCCCUUUCCAUAAACCACUACUUGAAGAACAUGUCGCUGCUCACCGACCAGUGGAAUGCAAAAAACUACAAGGAUACUAACCGCCAACGAAUUUAUUUGAAAGAUAUCGACUGCCCUUCGGUUUGGUAUGAGAAACUGAAAGAUUUGCUUCCUCCAUUUCUAUAUUAUUUAAACGAGUCUACAAAUGAGAGAGGAAGCAAAGCCGGAGACUUGAUGAGCAGUCUUCCCCCUGAAAUGAGGGCUGAGAAUCUGAUGUGCUACAUUGGGCAUGAGGGUACCUAUACACCGGCGCAUCGUGAAAUGUGCGCUACACUAGGUCAUAACAUCAUGGUGGAAACUUCGACUGGUUCAGUGGAGGAUGGUAAGCCCACCAAACCAGGCUCCUCGAUUUGGUUCAUGACGGAAACGAAGGAUCGACACCUGGUCUCCGAAUACUGGUUAUCAACGCUUGGGCACGACAUUGAGAUCGAGAAUCAUUUCGCCCAAAUCAACGCCUGGAAGGCUGCGCCUUUUAAAACAUAUAUUGUCGAGCAAAGAGUCGGCGAUUUAAUCCUCAUUCCUCCUCUUGCUCCACAUCAAGUUUGGAAUAGAGGAACUCGGACCAUGAAAGUUGCGUGGAAUAGGACCACUGUUGAAACAUUGGAAAUGGCUAUAAAUGAGGCUCUUCCAAAGGCAAGAAUGGUUUGUCGCGAUGAGCAGUAUAAAAACAAAGCUAUUGUUUAUUAUACUCUCAACAAAUAUUCCACUCUUCUCCGUGAUACUCACCACGGUCACUACACCCAUAACAUACGCCAGCUUCAGAAGGAUUUCCGACGCUUGUUUUCACUCUACACCAAAAUAUUGAUAUCUGAAAGCUAUUCGAGAAACAUGUCAGAGCCGAGGAAUGUUGAAUAUCUUCCUUUCAAUAGCAAUGUCACAUGUUCAUAUUGCAGAUGUAACAUUUUCAAUCGAUUUUUGACCUGCCCUUCAUGCGUCGGAAAGCUACCUGAUGGUGAUGAUGAUACAUACGAUAUUUGCAUGGAGUGUUAUUCUAUCGGGAGAAGCUGCGCGUGCGUUUCCAAGCUUAGAUGGGUUGAACAGUUUCGGUGGAAAGACCUGGUGCGGAAUUAUGAUACCUGGAGAAACCAAAUCAUUCAAUUUGAUAAACGCAGUGAUCCCUCCCAGUUACCUCAGACUCUGCCUAUUGAAAGGGAACGUACGGGCAAAAAGACCCUCGCAGAAAUUUGCCAAGAAGAACUGAAACGGAGGCCAUGGACUGACAUUACCAAAACGCCGGACCGUGAGGAGGAGGAAGAAGAUAUUAUUGAAACCAAUGAUGAUGGGCGGGUUCGAAAGCGUCGUAAGAUUCGAAGAUCGGAGAAAUGGAGAAAGGAGCAUGGAAGUUGUCAUAUCUGCAAAACUCCGGAACCUUCCUGGAAACAGGCAUCCUGCUCUACAUGCGGAUUAAACUACUGUUACGGUAGUCUUUUUAGAGCUUUUGAGAUCUCUCCCCUCACUGUCCUGGAAAAUCCGAACUGGACAUGCCCAAGAUGUCGAAAAAUUUGUUCGUGUGGGGCUUGUCGCCGUGAUCCUACGAUGAAACCUUUUGAACCCUCUGGAACUUUGCUUGGCCAUGAUACCCGAAAGGUGGCGGAUCCGAGAAGUGUCGAAAGCCUCGUCGACUUCAGUCAAUCAAACUUGACUUGGCUAAAAAAGGCGGGUGAUCAUCCACAAAAUCAAGACACACGGAGAAUCAGGAAAAGACUGGAGGAAGCUCAAAAAGCCAAAUCUAUUGACCCGACACUUGACGAACACUAUAUGGAUCCAGUGGAAGGAGGAAUCCUUAGAUUGGCAAGACAGGAAAACAUUCCAGUGGACCCGACUCUAAGUAACUUCAACGUCGCUGAGGAAGAGGCGAUUCCUAUCGAUCCGGCCAUGAUGUCUGGGCAGUAUGAAGCUCUUGCCCCUAACCCUCAUUUCGCUAUGCCGGACAACGCUAUGUUCCAGGAAGAGAUGUCAGAUCGCUACGAAGCAACAGAGGUUAUCACAUUCGAAUAUCCGGACCCAGAGACCACCCCUCCUGGUGCGGCUCAAGACCAAGCAAACAAAACCGCGAUGGACAUUAAUAGUCAAAAUAAUGGAUCAGUUCAACAUCCCAACGUGAAUUCCUACCAGGAAUUCGGUAUGGAUGGUGUGGUUGAUCUGUCCAGUAAUGCAAUCAUACAGUCUGAUAUUUUAUCGGCUAACGCGAUCAAGUACACCAAUCGAACCCAGCCAGAUAGACUUCAAACUUAUAGACCAGAGGACGACGAUGAUUUCAGAUUACGAAAAUUACGAAAGCAGCGCCAGUGGAAGCCCAAGGGGAAACCUGGUAGGAAACGAGGUAGAGCCAAAGUUACAUAUAUGGAAGUGAUAGACCCUUCGAGCGAGGAGGACCAGCCGCCAACGAAUGCGGGGAAACAGAACUCGAUUCAUGUAACAGGAACUAGGAGAUCGGGUCGGCGUGUUUCUUCUACCCGGCAUAAUAAUGAAUCAUCCCUGGCCAACGCUCCCGUCUUAGAGGCCACAUCACCUGAACCAGAGCGAGCACCAGAACGAGAACCCGAACGGGAACGGGAACGGGACCGAAGCCAUCCUUCAACAGCUAGUUCUCACCCCGCUGUUAAUGCUGAGGAUGUUGAUAUGGAAUCCUCUACGCCCAAUGAACUUUCCCUACCUCCAAAUUCAUCACCAGCCACUGCAAAGGGCGGAGGAAAUCCACCAGGUACACUUACCGUCAAUACCCAGUCUCAGCCCUCACCACCUGAAAGACUCGAAAGCCAGUCACAUCCUAUGACAGAGGCGGAGAGGAAUCGCAAAGCGAAAAUGAUGGCUGUGCGCUGGGCAGAGGGUCGUGGUCGCGAAGAAGAUGAAAGUGACGGGUGGAGUUAAAUUGUGGCUCCAGAGAUGUAGCGAUAUUUUUUUCCAAAGCCAUCCGGGCACUAACCCUUGAUAUGUGGUGUCAUGUAGUAUCCUAGUCCCAGUUCCAGUUCCCUCUUUUUUUAUGACGUUCAGUUUAAUACCAAGAAACGAAGAUUAGUGCGGUUGCUCAUGUAUCUUGAUUUUGCCGAAGUUCUGACAUGUUGCCUCCUUGUAUCUGUCUUCUUUUUCUUUUCCUCCUCAUUAACUUAAGUCAAAUACAAUCUCGCGAAUAGUAUUGUUUGAUAAGCAGUCAAUACAUAUAGCUAUCGCCAAUUUUGGCAAGCGAAAAUAAUCGUAAUUGGACUUUUAUUUUAUUUCCCGUGCUCGUCAAUCUAAUUAUCAAAAUCGAAAACCUUAAUGUAUUUCAUUUAGCGCUGCUCUGAACAAAAUGUCAGGAUCCUUUAAGUCCUAUGAAGAAAUCCUUAAUCACACCGCUAAAGAGAGCCGUAAACAAUUCGUUUCUGCUUCUCGUUCCAUGUUUCAUGACCCAGGGAGUCGCUUCAGCAGUCAUGCAGAGAGUAAGCAAAUGCCAAGGCCGUAGCUCUUGGUUGAUGAGUAGUUAUCUCAUAUAAGCAUCAGUCAGGCAGAAAACUGCCGCAGCGUUCAUGGGGUCUCAUGUGGGCUACGCGCGAUUCGAUGGCUGAAGCAUUCAAUGAUUGAAAGCACGAAGGCCGACAGAUAUGCAACACCCGCCAUCCGCCGCCCAUGGUGUGGCUCCAUAACCACUAUCGUGCCAUGUGUGAAUGAUCCUCCUCCAAA